GUCAGUAACAGCAGAACUAUAAAAUAUUCAUUGGGUUAGGGUUGGGUCGGAGAGGUUUGCAGGGACUGUUGGAGCGAUCUCAUGACUUGAGAGGGAGUGAACCAGGCUGGAAAGGAAGGUGAAGCCCUCCGCUGUAGGAAAAACUGCCCUCUUUGCAACCGCGCCACACGCUCUCCCACGCAACCUGAACCAUGGCCAGUGACCAAAUGACCGUCGCGGUGAUGGGCCCUUUAGGAGACAGUCCAGUUCAGAUUGCCUGUCCUAAGUGCCACCAGACAGUCCUCUCCAAGGUGGAAUACUCCUCCGGUGUACUCACCUACCUUUUCUGUGGAGGACUCUUCUUCUGUGGCUUUGUUUUAGGUUGUUGCCUCAUCCCGUUCUGCGUGAACCGUCUGAAAGAUGCCAGACACACCUGUCCCACCUGCAAGAGUGUACUCGGCGUGUAUAAACGCUUGUAACUGAUAUUAAAGCUACUAUGAUUAUUCAACUCUAAGGAUUAUUAACAACUUUUCGUGUAUGAAAAUGCUCUGAACAACUUUGGGUUUUGAAAUGCAUGUCAGACAUUUGACAAUUUUCUGACAAUUUAUGGGAAAGAUAAAACAAAGAAAGUGGAGUCACACACUCGCAGCUCCGAUGUUGAAAAUCUACCAUUUUAAUGAAAAGGUCGCAGGCACGUUUUGACCUGGAGGUUUUCCUCAGGGUGCAGGAACAAAGCACAGUGACAAGGGUUUAAACGGGUGCAGAUGGGUGAUUGAUACAUUUCAAGGUUCUCCUGAAAACAAUUCUUGUGCCAAGCGCAGACAAAGAAAGAAACAGAAUUAAUUAGUUGGUGCAAGAGAUUUAAUGAAAGUGCUAAAUUGAAAGUGCUCAGAUAUUUGAUCAUGAUUCUAAACUUGUUCUUGUUGUUAUUGUGCAGAUGCAAUGUUGUAACAUUCUUGUAAAAGUUCCCUUCAAACCAUUAAAUACCAAUAAACCAAUAAAAUAAAA